CGGCUCUCUGCAGCCCCUGCCCAUCUCCUGCAGAUCAGACCACGGCAGCCAUCACAGCACCCUGCACCCAGGCGCAGGCCACCGCUGCCUCGGUCCUCACCGCCCGCUGGCGUCGUCCCGGAAGCGGCUCUCGGGACUCGGACUGGCUCGUGCAGCCCCGAUCUGGGCACACGCCGCCACCGCAGGUCGCUGUCGCUGCCCUCCGCUUGGCACAGCCUCGGGACCGCUCUCGGCCCGGAGGCACCUGGACCCGGUCGCCCUCGGCCCAGCCGCCACCGCCCGGCCCGCCUCUGCCCCGGCCCACGCCGCCGCCGCCACUCCGGUGAGUGUUUCCCUACGGAAGUCGGGGCCGCCACCUCUUGUCGGGAGCCCCCUUAGGCGCGCACUGUCCUUGGAAAAAUGGCCGAGGCCGCCGAGCACAAGGAACUGUUCGAAUUAGCCCAGGAUGAGGCUGGCACUAGCGCGAUGCUGGUGGAGACCGGGGAACCACCCGAGUCCGGGGGACAGCCCACGUGCGGGGAGCAGCCCGGGUGCGGGGAACCAGCCCAGAGCGGGGACCGCCCCGAGGGCGGCGAGGAUGUCGCCGCCGCCGCGGGGCCUGGCGAGGAGGGGGAGCGUGGCGCCGCAGCUGCCGCUGAGUCUGGGGAAGAUGCGACAAAAGGCGCAGCUGCCGCUCCGAACCCAGACCCAGAGCGUCCGAAAGGACUCAUAGGGCAUUUCUUAGACACGGAUUUCGUGGAGAGCCUGCCGAUGAAAGUCAAGUGCCGUGUGUUUGCCCUCAAGAAGUUGCAGACUCGGGCGGCCAAUCUAGAAUCCAAAUUUCUGAGGGAAUUUCACGGUAUCGAAAGGAAAUUUGCUGAAAUGUAUCAACCCUUACUGGAGAAAAGGCGGCAGAUCAUUAAUGCCAUCUAUGAGCCUACCAAAGAGGAGUGUGAGUAUAGAUCAGACUCUGAGGACUAUGAUGAUGACGAGAUGUAUGAUGAAGAAGAGGUGCAUAGAAGUAAGGGUAGAAUUCAGGAGUACAUGGAUGACGAUUAUGGGUAUGAGGAAGAUUUUUAUGAUUAUGCAAUUGAGGAGGUGGAGGAUGAUGAUAGCGAUGAUGAUAGCGAUGAUGACAGUGACGAUGACAGUGAUGAUGACAGUGAUGAUGACAAGGAAGAGGAUCCUAAAGGAAUUCCUGAUUUUUGGCUCACUGUCUUAAAAAACGUCGACACACUCACACCUCUGAUUAAGAAAUACGACGAGCCGAUUCUGAAGCUCCUGACCGAUAUUAGAGUGAGGUUUUCAGAUGCCGAUGAGCCUCUCAGUUUCACCUUGGAAUUCCACUUCAAACCCAAUGAAUAUUUCAAAAAUGAGCUGCUCACCAAAACCUAUGUGCUGAAGACAAAGCUUUCAUAUUAUGAUCCCCAUCCCUUCAGGGGAACCGCCAUUGAGUAUUGCGUAGGCUGCGACAUCGACUGGAACGAAGGAAAGAACGUCACUUUGAAAACCAUCAGGAAGCAGCAGAAACACCGGAUCUGGGGAACAACCCGAACUGUGACUGAAGAUAUCCCCAAGGAGUCAUUCUUCAAUUAUUUUUCCCCUCGUGGGAUCAGUUCAGAUGACAGGGAUGGAAAUUGUGAUUUUUUGCUUGGUCAUAAUUUUCGUACUUACAUAAUCCCCAGAUCUGUGUUGUUCUUUUCAGGUGAUGUGCUUGAGUCUCAGCAGGAGGGUGUCAUUAAGGAAGUUAAUGAUGCCAUUUACGACAAAAUUAUUUAUGAUAAUUGGAUGGCUGCCAUUGAGGAGGUAAAAGCCUGUUACAAAAAUCUUGAGGCAAUGGUCGAAGACCUUGAUCGCUAAAGCAGAGUAACAUGACUCUGCAAUUUACUGCCAUGGAUCUAGUCACACCAGAUAAAAGAAAUUAUUUGCCACUUGUGUUCUAAGUUUUUCUUGUAGUGUCAGUUAAAACGUUUCAAAAACUUAAGAGAAGUUGAAAUACUAAUUCAUUUUACCUUCCAUGUGUUAGUGAAAUGCUUUCAAGAUCUCAAGCUCUCUGUGCUUUUUUUCAGGUGAUGUAUUUAAGCGUCAGCAGGAGGAGGUCAUUAAGGAAAUUAAUGAUGAAAUUUAUGACAUUAUUUAUGAUAAUUGGAUGGCUGCAGUUGAAGAGAGUAAAGCCUUUUGCAAUUACCUUAAGCCAAUGGUAAAAUACAUUGAUCACUAAAGCAGAGUCUACACGACUCUGCAGUUUACUGCCAUGGAUCUCAUCACACAAGAUAAAAGAAGUUAUUUGCCAUUUGUGUUCUGAAUUUUUCUUGUGUCAGUUUAAAACACGUUUUAAAAAUUAAGAGAAGUUGAAUUACUAAUUCAUUUUACCUUACAUUUGUUAGUGAAAUGCUCCCAAGAUCUCAAGCGCUCUGCUUUUUUUUUUUCAGGUGAUGUAUUUAUGUCUCAGCAGGAGGAGGUUAUUAAGGAAGUUAAUGGUGCAAUUCAUGACAGAAUUAUUUAUGAUAAUUGGAUGACUGCUGUUGAGGAGGUUAAAGCCUGCUACAAAAAUCUUAAGGCAAUGGUCGAAGACCUUGAUAAAGCAGAGUAUCAUGACUCUGCAAUUUACUGCCAUGUAUCUAGUCACCCAAGAUAAAAGAAGCUAUUUGCCACUUGUGUUCUAAAUUUUUCUUGUAGUGUCAGUAUUUAAAACGUUUCAAAAAUUAAGAGAAGUUGAAAUACUGUUUCAUUUUACCUUAACAUUUUUUAAUGAAAUGCUUUCAAGAUCUCAAGCUCUCUGUGCUUUUUUUCAGGUGAUGUAUUUAAGUCUCAGCAGGAGGAGGCCAUUAAGGAAAUUAAUGAUGAAUUUAUGACAAAUUAUUUAUGAUAAUUGGAUGGCUGCAACUGAAGAGAGUAAAGCCUCUUGCAAAUAUCUUAAGCCAAUGGCAGAAGACAUUGAUCAUUAAAGCAGAGUGUACAUGACUCUGCAAUUUACUGCCAUAGAUCUAGUUACACAAGAAAUAAGUUAUUAACCACUUGCGUUCUGAAUUUUUUCUUGUAAUGUCAGUUUAAAACAUGUUUCAAAAAUUAAGAGGUUGAAAUACUAAUUCAUUUUUGAAAUUUGUUAGUAAAAUGCUUUCAAGAAAUGUAGACUGUGGUAAAUGAUUUAAAAUAUAUUAAUAUAAUGUGUGUAGUUUAAUUGUUCUGUAGCCCUUUGUCAUGUGGUAAUUUAUCUGUGAAUAUUACCAGAACUGCUAAAUUAGAUAAAUAUGUGUUUGUAAAGAAAAUCUUGGAGAAUCACUCCAAGGUAUUUCGACGCUCUUGUUGUUCAUUUGCUGUUUGUGUUUUCUUAGUCCAGUAGGUAGUGGAUUUGAUAUUUUUGUGCUUGCUUCAUUUUACUGUAUAAAUGCAGUGCAAUUUACAACGUGAAUGCUUAAGAAGAAGCCUGCAUAUAGUUAAGAAUUUCAGGCAAAGAAAUAUUUGUUGUUAAUACUAAUAGCUUGUCUUGUAGGCUUUUGCAUUUUAUGUAACAAUAAAAUGAAACGUAGUCAUAUUAAAGUUAAAUGUUUAUCAGUGAAGUGUUAAUCACAGUAUUUUGAAAAGAGUGCCAUGUAUUGUUCUCUGUAAUUGUGUAAGUUGUAAUUAAAGUGUUUAAUUUCUCUUUUCCUAUAGUAAAAGUAAAUAUACCAUUCAUCUAAAGUGACCACUUUACAUUUUGAAAGUAGCUUUCAUGUACUUCCAUUACAAAAUAAAAUGAACAAAAACUUCA